AUGUACGUACCAGGCAUCACGAAGAAGAGGGGAAGCAGCGUCAAGGACAGAUCGGCCUCGAUGCCUGCUGGCGGUGUCGGCAAUGUGGCUAGCGAGGCCCUGCUGAGCGCAGCAAGCGAGGCAAAGGAGAGCAAGAAGGAAAAGAAGAACAAAUCGACAAUUGCGAAGCGAAAGAAAUCGGCCAAGGGCUGUGACGCAGGAGGGCUGUCAGCUAGCGCCGAGGCGGGCAAGAUCUCGUCGCAGGACCUGCGCAGCAUCUUCCAAAGCGGCGAGGGCGCGGGGCAGUUCGGCGUCGCUCUCGAGGUGCUCAUGUUCAACCAGCGGCUGAAAUUCCCCACGCUACGCAUCCCCCUGGUUAUCAAGCAAUGCAUCGAGUACCUCCUCAACUCAGGGCUCGAGCUGGAAGGAAUCUUCAGGAUAAGCGCCAACCAGACCGAGCUGAACCACUUCAGGGAGCUAUUCAACAAGUCUGACGGUAUGGAGCUCGUCAUGGACAGGGACGCAUCGGCACGACUUCCCGUCAGCAGAUCAGCUUACGAUCACGGUCGUAGCGAUGAGGUACUGCGCGGCAAGACGGAUGACCCGCACGUGGCCACGGGCUUGCUCAAGCUGUUCCUGCGAGAGCUGCCCCAGCCCCUUCUCACCGAACAGCUCGCCGAUCGUUUCAUCGCUGUCAUGGGUGGUGCCACGUUCGAGGAAAAGGUAAAGGGUCUCCGAGAGUGUCUCUACUGCCUGCCCGAGGUGAACAGAGACACUCUCUAUGCCAUUCUGGCCCUCCUGCACAUAAUCCAGGUCAACAGGACCAUCAACAUGAUGACUUCCGAAAACUUGGCACGAGUCGUGGGUCCCAAUUUCUUGUGGGAACAGGCCAACUCGCAGACCGACGGCAUGGUCUCGCUCAACUUCAUGGCCAGCAUCAACACCCUGGCCCAGUUCAUGAUCGACAACGUGCAUCAGCUGUUCGAAACGCCCACCUCCUCCUUCGAAAUCUCCUCUCUCCCUCCGCCGGCGUUCCUGCUGACCAAGUUCGUGGGUCAUCGUAAGUCGGUGCAAACGAUGGCAACGACGUCCGACCACCGGCUGGUGUGGUCCGGCGACUCGCUGGGUAUCGUGCGUAUCCACUCCGUCGAGGACCGUAUGUUCCUGAAGGAGAUCAACAGCGGCGGCACCAUCUACGCCCUCAAGUGCGUCAACGCCAACAUGUGGCUCGGCACCAGCGAGUCGCUUCAGAUCCGAAAUGCCACGUCUGCCGAUUUGGUCAAGUCGCUCCCCGGUCCCGUCUACGCACUGGCGCACGUGGGUAACACAGUGUGGACCACCGGCGAAGACAAGAUCUCGAUCUGGAACAUCGACGACCCGGAUUCGCCGGAGCUGAUUGGUGAGAAGGAGCUGGCCCGCGGUGUGUUGGUGCUCACGGCCCAGGCCGUGGGCGAACGAAUCUGGACCGCUGACAUCAAUCGCGUCUUGCGAGUCUACGACGCUAAUACCUUCGAGCUGGUCAAAGAGUUCACCGCCCAUUCGAGGAAGAUCAACGGCAUCAUGCCAGUGGGCGAUUCGCACGUGUGGACCGCAUCCGAUGACUACUCGAUCAUCAUCUGGGACGCGCACUCCCUGGAUGAGGUGUACAAGAUUCAGAACGCCCACAGUGGCUACUGCUACGGCCUGGCCGACUUUGGUUCCGUGGUGUGGACCUUCGGCUGGGACAAGCGCAUCUGCCUGUGGGACACCAAGACAUUCAAAAACCUGGGCGAGCUGCCGCCGUACCACGGCGACGCCAUCAGGCAGGUGGUCGAGGUGUGGGACCACAAGACGACCAGCUGGCAGGCCUGGUCGUGCUCGUUCGACAAAACGCUGGCGGUGUGGGGCCUGCCCAAGUGCGACCGCCCGAAGCCGGCCUCGUCGCUCACCCUCUCCGCCUUCCACUCCGGCCCACCCGUCGUUCUCGUCGACUACGAGAACCUCGUCUUCGACGUUGCUGCUGGCCUCCAGUCAUCAUCGAGCGACCCGUCGACACCAGCCGUGCCGGCCCCGGCGUCACCGGUCGUGCCGUCCAUCAUGGUCGAGCCGAGUGGCGACAGCGACGACCCGCUCCCGGGCGCCGUGGAAGCGCUCCGCGAGAUGGUGGAGGAGGGCCUCGACGUGUAUUUGUGGCUGGGCAACGACGUCUACGUGCUUGCGCAGCGCCUCCAAUGGGUGACGACUCACCUCGGCGCCGACUGGCUACGACGGCUGAUCCUUGCGCCGGAGAAGUCCCUCAUAUCGGCCACGGUGGUCAUCGAAAACGCGGCGUCGGCGACCGACGCCAAGGUCAAGAAGCUGCCCUGGCGGCAGGUCAUCUUCCACCGAUGCAAGGAGGGUCCCGGCACGCCACGAGUGGAGGUGGGCUCACAGCGGCAGGUCAACACGAGCAAGAAGAAGAUGACCGGCUGGUACGACUGGCGAGGCGUUCUCCUCUGA